CAGGACCAGAUGUUGGUGCCUCCAACAGUGCACCCUCUAGCCGCCAACUGGAGGAACGCGUUGACAACGUAGUGGCAAUGCUCGGCGACUUCAGCACCUGCGCUGCGCCGACCACCAUCAGCAGUCAGCUGCAUACCUUGAAGACCGAGGUCCAGCAGCUGCAAUCGACGAACACGGAUGGCAAUCCUAAGUUGUACAAAAUGCCAACUUUCCAACUGGACAAGUUCGACGACUACACGCAGCAGGAUCCGGUCCUCUGGUGGGAAGCAUUCACGACGCAACUUCGGAUUCUGCCUGUCGCUAAGCAUGUGUACAUCGACGCCCUCUUCAUGAACUCAAAGGGCGGAUGCCAGACCUGGUUGACCCACCUGGCAACCUCUCACGACGUCGACGUACCAGACUUGAAGGACAAGAUCACAUGGGAGAAACUGACACGGUUGUGGAAGAAAUGGUUCAUCGUCGACGACGCGCCGGCACUCGCCAUCAACCGUUUUUUCACCAUGUCACAGGGCAACACAAUAACACGAGACUGGCUCACGGAAUGGCAGAAGAUCGCGGCAGUGCCCGAUCUGGACUUACCAUUCACUCAUCUACGUCGUGAGUUCUAUAACGGGUCAUGCGCUGCGCUGAGCCAGGCACUUGGUGAUCGCGAGCAGUAUGCAUCUUUCGUCGAAAUCAUCGACAAGCCAAGAGAGAUCAUCAAGACCAACAGGGCGGCUGCACACGAGAAGUCCACGUGGCAGCCAACCUAUGUGGAGAGGGUAAGAACUGGUCUGCGACAACAGCAGUUCGCUGCAGUCCAAUCGGACAGUGGAGAAGACCCAACAGCCACUCCAGCAUCACCACCAAGCACAAGACCUCUCUUUGCCAGGAUCAGGCCAAGGAGGAUGUGCGCCUCAGCUCAACUCGGGAAAGUGAGUUUCGCGGGAGGUGAGGCGACUCCACCCCCCACUCCACCAGAUUCGGUCGCCUUGCUAGCGGCCUCCUACACAUCUGGGGAGGAUGCGAAUGCCACAAGUCCUCGGUACACUUACGAGGAUUAUGUUGUCCACUUGGUUCCACCGCUGGACCAACCGCUCCACGUGCAACAAUCUACCGCAUGCACGGUUUCAUCACCAUCGGCAACCGAUUCGGCAGCUUCGCCGUCAUCUACCGCCGGGGAUUCAAUGUCAUGGUCAAGUCUUGAAGAACUCGGCCCGUCGACUUUUGAGGACUUCCAAUGGAUGCCCCUGCCCCGGUCCGUUCGAUUGCCGAAACCGCAUUGCAACGUGCUCAAAGCACAAUUGCGGGACAACUUGCACACUGCAGUACCGACUCCGUUGAUGGACGCCGGAGUAGAGGUUGUCGACCUUCACGCCUACAUUGCGAAGAUCGACCGCGAGUUCAAGACGCAACGGUACGACGACAUCGAUGCACCAUUGCUAUAUGUACUCAUUCAGAUCGGAGAGGCGACCUGCAGCGCUUUGAUUGAUUGGGGAGCAUCUCGCAACUACAUGAGUCGGGACUUCAUGGUACGCGCCGGCCUUGGCCCACGAGUCCGAAGGAAGUCCCAGCCCACGCAAGUCACGUUGACGGACGGUCACACGCACAAGUCAAUCGACCGGUGCAUUGAUGACGUCCCAGUGUACUUUGCCCCUCACGCAAGUGAGGCGGUGUCCUUUGACAUUCUGGACACCAAAUUCGACAUGAUCUUGGGCAUGUCAUGGCUGCGAAGCGAGGAYCACCCGGUGRACUUCUACCGYCGCACCRUUCACRUUCGUGAUCGGAACGGAGUACUAGUCCCAUGCACGGUAGCUCCUCCUCACCCUUCAGUCAACUGUCACGUGGUAUCCGCUGCAAGCAUGCGAGCUUCCAUCAUCAGAGACGACAUCGAGGAGAUGGGGGUGUGUUUUCUCCACGCCCUCCCGCCCCAUGACGCUUCAUCGACGGACUCUUCUUCGGAUCCACGUAUCACCGAGCUUCUCGACGCCUACAGCGACGUAUUCAAAGGCCCGCACGGAGUAGUACCGGAUCGGCCCAUCCGCCACGAGAUCAUCCUCGAGAACGGGGCCGUACCUCCACGCGGUUGCAUCUACCGAAUGAGCGAGGAAGAGUUAAGUGUGCUUCGGGCACAACUCGACGACCUUCUGGAGAAAGGCUGGAUUCGGCCUAGCUCAUCGCCAUACUGUGCUCCUGUUCUCUUCGUCCGGAAUAAGAACAAGGAUCUGCGGUUGUGCAUCGAUUAUCGCAAGCUCAACGCGCAGACGAUCAGAAACGUCGGCCCUCUCCCACGCAUCAACGAUCUUCUCGAGCGACCGGGUGGCGCCAAGUUCUUCUCCAAGCUCGAUCUCAAGUCGGGAUAUCACCAACUCGAGAUCCGGCAGGAGGAUCGCUACAAGACCACGUUUAAGAUGCGAUAUGGGCAUUUCGAAUGGCUGGUUAUGCCAUUUGGCCUUACGAAUGCCCCGACCACUUUCCAAGCGGCUAUGACAACGGAGUUCCGACACAUGCUGGAUCGAUACGUACUUAUCUACCUCGACGACAUCCUAGAGUACAGCCGGAGUUUGGAGGAGCAUGUGGAACACCUGCGCACCGUUUUGAAGCGGCUACGUCAAGCCAAGUUCAAAGCCAACCGCGACAAGUGCGAAUUCGCGCGGCAAGAGCUGGAGUACUUGGGACACUAUGGGACGCCGAAAGGCAUCCGUCCGCUUGCGGACAAGAUCGAGGCCCUACGAGUAUGGCCCGAGCCCACCAACACCAUGGACGUUCGUUCAUUCAUGGGUUUGGCGGGCUACUAUCAGCGAUUCAUCAUCAGAUACUCCAGGAUUGUUGCACCUAUGACGAGGUUACAGUCGCCAAAGGUGUCAUUCGUAUUCGAUGACGACGCACGCCGAUCAUUCCAAACACUCAAGACGACCAUGCUCAUGGCACCCGUCCUUAGCAUCUAUGACCCCGUCCUGCCUACGAGUGACUACGAAUGCUUCCGGAUAUGGCAUUGGGGCAGUCUUGGAACAACACGACGGCGACGAUUGGCACCCUGUGGAGUAUUUCAGCCACAAAGUGCCUCCCAUCAACUCGCUUGAUAAUGCAAGGAAGAAGGAGCUGCUCACAUUCGUCAUGACUCUCAAGCGA